AUGGCCGAUUCAGGCAGCUGGCAGCGCUACAACCGAGAUGCUUCAAUAUCUAUUACAGUGUUGGGCAUUUUCUUCGUGGGAUUGCGAUUUCUCUCGAGGCAUUUUGGAAAAGUACCUCUGGGGUUGGAGGAUGCGCUGAUUGUGGCUGCGUUGUUCAACUUAUUCGUCAUUUUUGUACUCGACUUAGCGAUGGUAAAAUACGGCCUUGGCCUACACCAAACCACUAUUCCCUCAGAUGACGUCGUAACUAUCAACAAACUCCUUCUCCCCGCAGAAGUAUUCUAUUGCACCUCCCUAAUUCUCACCAAAACCUCCAUCUUAGCAAUGUAUCACCGGAUCUUCCAUAUCCAUCAGCCCACACGCAUAGCCGUGUACGUCCUGGGAGCGAUCACAAUCAUCAGAGCCGUAUCCCUGAUUAUUGCCUCCAUCUUCCAAUGUAUUCCUGUCGCUCGGGCAUGGGAUAAAUCCCACCCGGGACGGUGCAUUAAUCUAAAGGAUACAUUCAUUGCGAAUGAUGUCGUGAAUGCUAUCACUGAUGUGGUCAUUCUGGUGCUUUUGAUCAGCAGAGUAUGGAAAGUGCAGGCUGGGUGGGGGGUUAGAAUUAGUGCGGUAGGAAUGAUUUCUUUGGGGAGCUUUAAUACUUUGGGCCGAUCGAACGCAUGGUGCGUUAUUGAAGUAUCUUCGGGGAUUAUCUCUGCUUGUCUCCCAACCCUGCGUCCGCUGGCUAGGGCUCUGUUUCCCCGAGUGUUCAGCAGAAAGCAGUCCUCUCAAGGACAGGGGAAUUCAAGCUAUCCUAAACCAGGGAAUGGUGGGUUAUCAGGUGAUUCUAGCAGAGACAGACUGUCUAAGAGACCAGAUAUGGGUGUGGAGUCUGAUGGGGAUGAGUACCCCUUGACUGUUGUUAAGGUUAAAGGGACAGUCGAAGGAAUUGGGUUUCAAUAGCGACUGGGACUUAUGUUGAGCGAAAUUAUUGCCC